AUCGAGGCCCAUGGGUACGCGAUUAUACCAAAGUGCGGACCGCCGGGGACUUUCGCGCCUGUUGUUGCGCCCUAAAACCCAAAACCUUAGAUACCAAUGCCGGAUUACCAGUGUGAAGGCGCGAAGAAGAUGAAGAAGCCGAAGAAGAGAAAAUUAUCAACUUCAGGCGAAAAAGAAGUGCAUCCACGGCCUGCUAAAAACUUGCGCAGUGACACCUCGGAGCCGAAAAACAUAGCUUCUGUAGAGUCUGAAGUAGAUGGCAACAAAACAAGUUUCCACCUUCAAGAUGACCCGCCCUGGAGAAACCUGCAGCUCAUUCUCUCCCUGCAGAAUAAGGAUAUUUCUCUUUCAAUGAAGGUGGAACUUGCAUUUGAUUAUGUGGAAACGAUGACAAUUGAGGGAGCUGAGGAAAGAAGCCGAGAUUCAGAGUCAGUUAGCUUUCCCAGAACACUUAUUUUUCUCAAUAAUUGGGUUCAGACAGAGAUGAUAUCUUCUUUAAAAGGAAGCACUGCUCAAGGAACAUGCUUAGACGUCAGAUGUUGGAAGGUUCUUAGGUUCUGCUUGGAGGAAUCAAAACAGCUCAAUAUGGCGUUGAGCUUCUCAAGACACUUCUUACGGGUUAUUCAGUGUAUUUCAAGUCAUUUGUGGUCGCAUCUUAAUGCUGAAUUGAGUAAAGAGGAGUUUGAGUUUUACAAUGUUGUUCUUGAUUGUAUAUCAUCAGUCUUCUCAUCUCAUGGGGGAAUUUCCAAUGAAAAUUUGGACUUAUGGAUUUCAGUUAUUAAUACUGUGCUUAACCUCAUCCAAAAGAUUUUCACCUUCAAGCUUGAACACUCCAAGACGGGAACUUUUGUCUUGCAAUUAUCAUGUUAUGUGCAUGAACCAUUUGCAAAAUUUCUAAGGGUACAUCCAACAAAAAAGAACGGUUUUCGCGACUUUGUUGAUAAGCUUUUGGAGCCUCUGAUGCUUUCAUGGGAUUUGUUGCAUCUUCAUACCUGCAAAAGCAGUCCUCACUUGAUAUUGGAUCUUUUAAAGUUAAUUGAAGAAGUAUUGUCUCAUGGAUUGUUCCACCCUAUGCACAUUGAAGGAUUUUUUGAGCUGCAGAAUACAUCAAGCUAUAAAACAAUGGAUGAUAAGGGUGUGGAAGUUCAGAAGGUGGUUAUUAAAAGUUAUCAUAGGAUUUUCUUUGAUGUGUUGGGGAAGACUAUUUCGAGGAAAAAUGCAUCAUCUGUAGGUGGUUUAGGAAUGCUGCUUCGCUUGUUUAUUAGUGGCAUCAGUAAAAACAAAGGACUUUCAGUUGGCAAAGAUGGUCCAAGUAACUCAAUUUCUGAAAGUUCUUCUACAAGUUCUUUAGUUUCUGGAAUAAAUUAUGCUCUUGGUCUGAAUGCUGAAACUAGGAAGCUCUCUUUUGACUUUUUUGUACAGAUAAUGGAAUAUUUUUUAUUAGAGUUUAAUACUUACUCGCAAGCUCAACUAGAGGAUGGGGCUAUGCUUCUUGAUGCUCAUUGCAAACUCAGAUCUGCCAAUAAACUACUUUUUGAAUUAUUGCAUGCAAGAGUCUAUGUACGGAUAGAGGACACCUCUGAGGGAGCAUGUCUCAAUUUCCUGAGAUUGGUUUAUGAUAGAAUCAUGUUACUUUCUUCCAAAAUUAUUAAUGUACUAGAAACAUCAUUUGCUUCAGAUAACAAUGGGGUGCUGGUUUUAAUAGUCAAAGAGCUGGUUCAUGCUGUGCAUUACUUGUUGGAUAUUGAUUAUGAAGCCAUUGAAGAUAAUCUUGAAAGGUUAUGGGGAACAGUGAUUUCAUUUACAACAUUUAGCUAUUCUUUGGUGGAUGUGCCUGAUCAGGAUAAGUUAACCACGGAGAUACAAAAUCUGGGAUGUAAAGUGGUUCACCUCUAUAGCGAACUGAGACAGGUGAAUACACCCAUCUUUUCACUGUGCAAAGCAGCCAGAAGCUCAGUAUUACUUCCAGAAAGAAGCAUUCAACCAUAUAAAGCUUCUUUUAAUAAUUCAUUUAGCUUGUUCAUAUGCUGCCCCGAGUUCAGGCUUUCCAUUAGUAGUGCCAUCAAGUCCAUACCAGAGGGACAAGCUAGUGGAUGCAUCCGGCAGUUAAUAGCCGAUUUUUUAGAAUCAUUGGAGUGGAUAAAAACUACACCUGUGCUUCCUGCUGAAACUGACCAAAUAAAACAAGAUCUCCAUAAAAAUGACUUCCAAUGCUAUGAUAUGCAAAGUGAGUUGUUGGGAAGAAGUAUAUCUGAACUGUAUGUCCUGAUUCUUGACUCACUGACAGUUACCGCUGGAAAUUGUUCCCUAGUCAGCAUUUCCAUGAAGGAUUUGAUGGCACGAAUUAGCAAUAUUUUAAGGAGCCUAGUAUCAGAAAAGGUGAAUAGUAUUGAUGAGUUAUUGUCUGUUUUUAUGAGAACAAUCCUUGAUAAGGGGAGUGGAUCAGGAAACAGGGUGAUGUCAGCACACUGGAUUUUAGUCUUCUUCUUUCGUUUGUAUUUAUCUUGCCGAAGCUUACAACGUCAAUCUAUCAUUCUACUGGCGCCGGAUAUGUCAAAGAAGAUGUCAGAAAAAAUGGGGGAUUCAUUUACAGCAUACUCUGGAAAUGAGUGGCUAGAGAGGGCUGAUUUGUCAGAAGAAGGCUAUUUUUCUUGGAUCAUUAAACCUUCUUCUUCUCUUGUUUCUAUUCUAGAUAUUGUUUCUAAUAUUAAUCUUCAACAAGCUUCUAUGGAUUGCUCCCCCCUUAUUUAUGUAAUGAAUACCAUGGCUGUUCAGAGACUCGUUGAUUUGAAUCGACAGAUAAAGUCCACUGAUUAUUUGUUUUGGAAGAUUGAAAAUCUCAACCAGCACAAGAUCAUAAAUGAUACUGUCUUGUCAUUCAAUAGCAAAAAGUACCACAAGUGGAAGAUGAUAGAGUCAGAUUUAAGGCAUGAGGCUGCAGCUCUCACUAAAUUCAUAAUGGGGUAUCUAUCAUUAGUGGCUAAGAGUCAGUUAUAUAUUCCCCCAUCUGAAGGUGCAUCCUCUGAGGACAUUUUUUCCAAAAACACAGGUGACAUUGGAAGAUGGAAUUUUGGUGUGGGAUCUUUGAAUGAGAAGACAUUGGCAUCUGCCUUGUGGUGGUUCCUUUGCCAAAAUAUUGAUGUAUGGUGUACCCAUGCUAGCAAAAAGGACUUGAAAAAGUUCAUCUCAGUUUUAGUCCAUAGCUCUGUUCCUUAUUUCAGCAAGGAGUUGAAUGAAAACAAAAUGCGCAUAAAACUGACAGCUACAAGGAAAGUCAACAUAAGUCUGACCUCAUUGGAAGUGUUAAGCAAUAGUGUUCUGUACGAACAAAGAUUUGUUCACAGGAAUAUGACUUCAGUGCUGUGUAGGACAUUAGAGAAGUCUGUUGCAUCAUUGUAUUCUAGUUCGGAUGAUGCUAAUUUAAACUCCCCACCUGAUUGGAGAAAGAUUCUGGAUGCACUUGAAAUAUCAUCUACUGCUUCAAGGGACAGGAAUGGAAAGAGCUUGCGUUCAUUGUGGAUAAAGGCAUUAUCACAUGUACUGAUCCUGCCAGCUGAACAUUCAAAAAAGAAAUUAUCCUAUUUUAAUGAAGUAGAGUUCAGUAAUUGUCAGGGUGUGCUCAAUCUUCUGAGCUGGAUGCCAAAAGGAUAUUUGAGUUCAAAAUCUUUUUCCCGCUACAGAACCUGUAUUCUCAACCUUGAAUGGUAUUUCAACCUUUUUGAUUUUCUCAUAUAUUCUAAGUUUGCCUUCUACUAGUGAGCAUAGUUUUCAUGGUGUCGCAACGUCAUUGCCUUGGCGUCACGCUAGUCAUUGUGGUCUCUCUACUUGCUGUAUGUCUUCUAUAUUGGCACAUCGAUGCCACAGCGUCUGAAUGAUGCCACACGACGCCGCGGAUCCUAACUCAAACCAUAGUCUGAACAAGCCCAAACCCAAUAAUCAAAUAACCCAUCAAAAUUUAAAAAUAAGGCAGUUGACCUAUCUGAAGAAAAGAGGGCAUCUCCCGAGUCCAGACUCGUCUCGGUCAUCACCACCGCCUCGCUCGUCACCAUCCGCCAUCAUCUCGUUUGCCGCCAUCCGCCACCAUCUCUCUCGUCGCUAUCCACUAUUGUCUCCUUCGUUGCCAUCUGCCAUCGUCUCGGCUGUCGCCAUCCACCAUCGUCUUGGCUGUCACCAUGACGCCAUCUGACAUUGUCCCAUUUGUCGCCAUCUGCUAUUGUCCCGCUCGUCGCCAUCCAGAGCAUCGCCGUCCUCUCAUGUGAUUUCCCAUUUCCCAUCUUAAGUCUUUGUUUUUUCGUCAGCCUGAAGGGCAUGUUGUAAUUUUAUGCUAUUAAUGCUUUAAAUAUUGCAGCAUGUGUAAACAAAAAAUUGAUUAUUUGAGUAACAUAAUAUUAUGAUUCAUUUGAUAGGUACACGCAAAUCUGGCGAUGAAUGGUUGAAUAUGAAAACUGAAAUUGAAGAAACUGAAAAGUAACGAUACAGAUGAGGCUUGUAGUGGGUAGCUUAUUGGGAUUACGCAAUAAGCUGUCUUCAUCUGAUUGUUACAAGCUUCUAAAGUUGUUGUUGACCUGCCGGAGGACUUUAAAAUAUCUGCUAAUGGCAUCAUUUGAAGAGAGGAAAGAAGGUUGUCAGUCCUCCCUCAGUUGUGUGCUGUCAGAUGGUCCAUUUGCUUCAAUCUGGCUCAUGAAAUCGUUGUCCACUGUGAUUGGGUUUGAAAAUGCGUGUUUAGAAGGUUUUGCUUCUCAGGUGAAACAGUUGAUGUUUUCAUUAAUGGAUCACACAUCACAUGUGUUCUGGACUCUUAUUAAGGAUCAGUUCAAAUGUGUGAUUUUCUCAUUAACAUAUGCUGAUAAGCAUUGUGAAGAAAGUUCCAUUUCUUCUAUCGAACAUCAAGGCAUUGAUAUAGAUGAAUGUGAACCCCUUUCAGACCCCCCUUUCAAUAAGGAUGCAUUUAAAAGCAUUACAGUUAUUGCUGAAGCUUUGAGCGAACACAUAAAGACGUCAUUUGACUCUAUGAAUGCAUUGUCUAGUGAAAAUAAUGUAGACUCAGCAGCGCGUCAAGAGUUGAAAAUGAUAUCAACAACAACCUCCUGCUUCCAGGGCUUUUUGUGGGGCCUUGCUUCUGCAUUGAAUGAUAUGGAUUAUGAAGCGCGCUGUCAAUAUGAUGUGUUAAAAAAUGAACAUAUGUUCAAAAUUAAGUAUUGCAUUGACAGGUGUACAUAUUUCAUAAAUAAUAGUGUACAUCUGCUGGUACUUGAAGGUGAUCAGUUGCCUCAAUGCUUGCCAGAAACCAAAAGUCUUGCCACUGAUGCAAUUAAAGAAAGCAAGUCUUUGCACACAAUCGGUGGCUCUAUAAUGAAUGAAGAAAGGAUUCACCAUUCCAAGUCAAUGGACUCGUGGCUUAUUGGCACAAGGGGUGGCUCCAGUAAAAUGUCUGACCAAAUAAAAACAGAUAUUGAAGCUCUUUUGGUUAAAGUGGGCACUGAAGAAGGAUGUGUAAAGAAACCUUUGCUGCAGGCUGUUUUGAGGGGAGAAAAUCCUGAGGUAGCCUUUUGUCUGAGACAGCUAUUCAUUGCUUCUUCAGCUAUUUUGAGACUAAAUUUACAGAUCAACUGCACUAAGUUAUCUUGGAGUUUGAUUCCUUCUUUAAUUCAAAUUUCAGAGUUUCUGCUUCUGGAAUUUGCCAGUGUUAGAGAGUCACAAACAUUUUCUCUUGUUUGCUUAUAUGGGGUUGUGAAGUUUCUUGAAGAAUUAGGAAAAUACUUUCCUUUGUUGAAUCCUUCAUUCUCAAGGAAUUCAUACGUCAGUCUUAUAGACUUGCACUUGAGAGCAAUAGGGAAAUGCAUAUGUCUGCAGGGAAAGAGAGUUAGCCUAGCAAUAGAGGAGAGAGGAUCAAGUACUAAGGUGCUAGGCUUUCCUGUAGAACUUGAGCCAAAUGAAUCCCAUUGGACUUGCAACUUGGAUGAAUUAAAAUCUCAAUUAAGUAGCUCGUUCAGAGCUUUUGUUGGAAAAGCAUCUGAACUGCAUUUACUAUCCGUAGUUCAGGUUAUUGAGAGAUCAGUAGUAGGGGUGCAGGAAGGUUGCAUGGUAAAUUAUGAAGUGUGUACUAGAAGUGCUGAUGGGGGAAUGGUUUCCUCAAAUGUUGCUAGUGGCAUUGAAUGUUUAAAUAUGGUUCUGGAAUCAUCAACAGGGAGAAAGCGCUUAGCUGUGGUUAAAAGGCACAUCCAGAGCUUAGUUUCAUGCCUUAUAAAUGUGGUCGUGCACUUGCAAGGCCAAAACAUAUUCUGUACGAGUGAUGAUUCUAGUAAUUGUUGUUUUGCUUGUCCUGAUUCUGGCUCUGUCAUUCUCAUGUGCGUUGAGGUUCUGAUAAAGAUUUGUGCCAAAUAUGCCUUUUUCCAGUUAGAAAAGUACCAUAUUGCCCAGCUUUUGCGGCUGCCUGCGGCAAUAUUUUUCAAUUCUUUUCAGCUUCAUGUUUCUGGGGCCCCACUAGCUAGUUCAAAAGAACUACCAGGAGUUUCUGACAUUGGAGUGACUGAAUCUCCUAGAAGAGAAUGCAUCAAUGCCAUCUAUCAGCAAUUCAUCUUGAAGCUAUAUGCUGCUUGUUGUCGACUGUUGUGUACUGUUCUUAAGCACUACAAGAGUGAGACUCAAUGCUGCAUUGCCCUCCUUUAUGAUUCAGUUAGUAAACUUCUUCAUUGUCUGGAGAUGGACAAUGAUUUGAUUGGUAAAGCAAGAAGACAUUUAAUAAGGGAUGUACAAGAUGGAGUAAAAUGUGCCACCUUUCUCAGAAGAAUCUAUGAGGAGAUUAGGCAACACAAGGAUGUCUAUCAUACCAACAGCUUUCAGCUACUGUCUAACUAUAUAUGGGUUUAUUGCGGAUAUGGUCCUCAUAAAAUUGGUAUAAAAAGGGAAAUAGAUGAAGCCUUGAGACCUGGUAUAUUCGCCCUACUUGAUAUUUGUUCAACAGAAGAUCUUAAGUAUCUUCACACUGUAUUUGGAGAGGGUCCUUGCAGAAGUGUCCUGAAAACUUUGCUUGAUGAUUACAAGCUAAAUUUCCAAUACGAAGGGAAGGUGUGAGACCUUAUUAUGCAUUUAUGCAUGCAUGAUCCCUCGAGCAGAAAACUCUUCAGCCAUGCAGCCGAAGGCCCGAAAGCAGCAUCUCUUCUGUAUAGUGGGCAGAUGCAGUAAUGCAUGGUGCUCAUCUUAUAUAUUUUUAUGUAUUCAAUCACGAGGUUGUAUUUGAAUCAAAGAGGUUGUAAUGUAAUUUACAUCACAUGUCAACAUCCCAUUGUAUUAGAGCGUGUGUGCGUAAAAUCAAUUUAUCUUUUGCUUCGUUUGUUGUUGACUCAAGACUAAAAAUUGGGUUUA